AGAGGAGGAAUGGGCCCGCUCGUUGCACGGGGACUCUGCAGUCGGCCGGCCAGUCAUCUGUGGGAGAAGACGGAAGAGACAUAUCUGACUGACAGCAGUCACUGACCUGUUUGUUGUUGGGCAGGAUAUGCAUGUCUCGUGCUGUGCGGCUGUGAUGGGUACGGUGCAGAGCAAGGCUCUGGUUGGUGUUGGACCACGCAGUACGGAUAGUGUUUCUCCAAUCAGAGAGUCACGAGCCCGCCCGACGCAAUCGUCCAGCUGUCUGCAAACACCAAUCGGGUUUUGCGUUUUGCUGCGGCUGUCGCCCCCGCCGGCCCCCACUGAUGCGUCCAACGUAUUUUUAUUUUAUUUUUACCUGUACUCUGCAUACUUCCCAAUCAAGCAUGGAAUGAACGAAGGAUAUGCUUUCCUUCUCAUGCGCUUGCUUUCUCUGGCUCCUCGCGUGUGGGUGUGCAUGAGCGAAGAAAACGUCCGAGCAAGAUUCGCCGUGGCUCGGCCCCAGCAUAGCAUGCUUAGUGGUAAAAGAAAAGAUAUUUAUUUUAUUUUAAAAAAAAGGGUGGAAGAAAAAAACAAGGGGGGGGAUUAAAGAACAUAAAAAAAAAAUAUAGCAGGCGUCCCAUGCGUAGCGCCAUGCGCCGUUGGGACAAAGAUUGUCAACAAAUGCUACUCUGCUCCCGGU